UCGACGUCGGGACCGACUUCUUGGAUGUUGGUGAUGGUCGCGACGGGAGGGAGGUGUGGAGGGACCUGCGGCGGGAUCACCGGCUGCAGCGAGAGGAAUACAUCACACGGGGGGUGGAGCAUCUUCACGUGGGAGACCAGGAGAACGAGAACAAGACGGACGAUCCACCGGCGGAAGCAGACAUACGCACGAAUGAAACCGCGGGAAUGGAAAUGGCAAGAUGUCUCCCAAAGGUUGAAGAACGUCGGCGUGUACAGGAAUGCGGAGAAAUGCGGGAAGAAGUGGGACAAUCUAAUGCAGCAGUUCAAAAAAGUCCAUCACUUUCAAUCACCAUCAGGGGGUGCCGACUUUUUCCAGUUGACGUCGAAGGAGAGGGCGAGCAGGGGCUUCAAUUUCACGAUGGAUCGCGCAGUUUAUGACGAGAUAGAGGGGUCGACUGGGAUGAACCACACCAUCCACCCGAGGAACGUGGCAGACACCGGUGCGUCUGGCGGCGUGCGCCCGCCGUCGACGUCUUACGUGGAUCCUGACUCGGUGGCGGACGGGGAAGGUGGUGCAGGGCGAGAAGACGACGAGGAGGGGUCGACGCGAGGCUCUUCGAAGACGACGGACACCCCCGGCAGUUCUGGGAAAAGGAAGAACAUGAGGCAGCAGACUUUCGAGGCGCUGACGGAAUGCAUGGAGAAACACGGGGAGCUGAUGGCGUCGACGAUGAGAGUGCGAGCAAGAGGCAAUGCUCUAUCCAGGUCCGGCGGUGCGAGGCGUUGGAAGCGGAGGUGGAAGUGCAAAGGAAGCACUAUGCCGCGUCAGACGAAGUCAGCAAACUCAUGCGCUUUUGUCGGAUCUGCCAUGUCUCCCCGCGGAGGUGGACGGGCGAAGGCUGCCUUGAAGCAGAUCGUGGAAGGCRCGAMCCCCGCGAAGAAGGGAMGUCAUCAAGCGAAGAGGCAGAGSAAGGGCGUCCAAGYCGUGGCCGCUGGCAGUGCGCGAGACGUUGUGGAGGAGGYUGKGGUGGRGGAAGAGAUGACGAACGACGACGACGACUUUGAARAUGACGACGAUGAACCAYUGYCGAGGAAGGCGAGGGUCGGUUCCGYGGGGGGGAUUAGAAUAAACGAGGKRGGGGAAGGGACACCGACCGCACGGYGCGGCGGUGGCGUUGCCGCGGCCAACCAACCAGUCUUCRUCRACGUGGCACGCGACGUGGCGCGCGACGUCRCAAGGAGGGACGUCGCUGGYCGCGCGAAGSAAGGGGCCGCAUCRCAUGAGACUGCGCAACGCGUGCUUGCGCCRGUGAAUCGCCCCCGAACCCCGGCUGCAGACGUGGCGGGGGGUUCCCAAGCAGCGGUUGAAGGUGGGACGUCGCGAUCUCCUGCGGUGGCGGCGCGCGGCGGCGCUGUGGCGGUCCCGGGAGAGGCGGYGAUCUCCYGCGGUGGCGGCGCGCGGCGGCGCUGUGGCGACAUGAAGUUGCCUUUGUGGUUCGUGGGCGUGAACAUAGUGGACAGGCACGAGGACGAUGAGUGCGCGGCUUACCAGGAAGCUUGUGUCCAGCGUCUUGUGCGGGAUUUCACAAGCGCCGUUGGCAUGGCAGAAGCUAUGGACGACGGUCGAGUGUCGUACGAGCGUCUGAAGGGGAUGGCAGAGGCGAUGAGGUAUUUGCUCGCCGCCACGAUGUGGAUUAUGCGAAUGGCGGGGGACGAUCCGAGAUCGCAUUACGACGCUUGGGUUUUCGUUCAACUGACGGCGAAGACGACGCUGUUGGCGCCCAUGAACCGUCAGUUCGACGCCCGCCGACACAUCACGCAAUCCGCGCAGGUCAUGACGGACAAGUUGGGGAGACCGCCUCCAACCUUCGCCCCCCCACCUGUGUACAUCCCCGAUUGGGCGUCUAAGUGCGGGGUCACUUUCUCGCACGACGCCACGUUGGCCUCCCCAAUGGAGGCGAAACGGUUGGGUUGGUUGGGGACAGGUCCCCCUGAGGACGACGACGACGACGACGAAGGCGAUGACAAAGGCGAGGGGGGGUGACGCGUAGACGACGUUGAUGGCGAGGGCGAGGAGGGGAUGAUGCGCAGGCCCUGUUGA